GAUCAUAGAUAUUGUUGUUUGUUGACAAUGUAGUAGGUUGUAGGAGAAUUAUUUUGUUUUCGUUUGUGUAAGUGAUUAUUUGGAGCUCUUAUGUUUUCUCACUUUAAACAAAAUGACAAAGUUUUCUUGAACUGAUUAAAAAACAUUGUGUAUUUUUCAUUUUUGUUGCUCAUUAUGUCCAGUCGAAGGCGGAGAGUGACGUUUUACCCGAAAGAUUUAGUUGAUGUAUUCAAAAUACUGAAACAGGUGAAAGAAAACUGUGUUACCGUGAAAUGCAGUGGAGGAACGUACCCAGUUAGUGAAAACGGAGAUGUGCUGAUAUCUCUAAACAAUUUAAGACGUAUCCUCUGGUACGACCCAGCGGAACAAAUUCUGACUGUAGAAGCAGGAGUUACACUUAAAGAAAUCUUGAAGUGCGUCGAAUAUUUCAACGCUACGCUAGAAAUGUACGGAACAUUGCCAGAUAUGGCUGUUAUUGAUGCUGUUUCUAUAGGCCUAAUAGGUGCCAAUGGUACGAUUGCACAAUGUAUUAAAGCGUGCAAAGUAGUGUCCUUGCACGGCGAUACCAUUGAUUGUAUGUGGCCCUGUGCAGAACACGUUGUUGAUCAGAGUGGAAAAUGUGAUGGAAACGGAACUGUGUGUCCAACAUUGCAGCAUGUUGUGUGUGGCCUUGGUUGUGUAGGUAUUGUUGCAUCUGUUACUUUGAAAUGUGUACCAAUACAUCUAGCUCAACAGGUCACAUAUGUAUGCACAGUGAAAGAAAUACCAGGAAUAUCUGAGAGACUGUCAGCAGCUCUAUACAGUGAGUUACUUUGGUACCCCCUUAUAAACAGGAUAGCUGUCACAAAUCAUUAUCCAAUACGUUUGCAUCAAGGGUUUUACCAGCCAAUGUGGAAGAAAGUUAUAGAGAGAGCAUAUAUAUUUAUGCAUCAGAUAGUAACUAGUGUCAGCCCAUACAUUUCGUGGUAUUUCCCUGAUGCUUCAGCAUACCUUUCACGUCAGCAGUUUGGACUGGUGAUGAAAGCAGCAUCGUGCAGAACUGGUUUUUGUUUUAAACCGCAGAAAUUUGUGUCUGUUGAGAGUUAUUGCAAAGGGAUAAAAUGGUCAAUUCCUAGAGAACAUUUACCUACACUUAUGCAGGAGAUCAGGACUUGGGCUGAGAAGCAUAAACAUUUAUGUUCAACCCCCAUUGUGUUGUGUUUCCAGACAAACAAAGAUCUAGAUCUGCGCAAACCAUUGCUUUGUCCAUAUACGGAUGUUAGUACAUGCACAAUAUGGACUGACUGGUUCUGCAACAAGAAUUUGAUGAUAUCUUAUUCUGCAGAAAUGGCAGAAUUUGAAUCAUUGCUGCAGAAAAAUUUUGGUCGUAGAUGUUGGUCUGCUGGUCCAGUAUUUAUUUCACCACUUAUUGGACAGAUGUAUCCAGGUUUCAAGCAUUGGUGUUCUGCAAAGUCGGUGCUGGAUCCUGAUCUGAUUUUUAGAAGUCCGUAUGUAGAAGGCAAUCUUAUUAUUGAAAAUUGCUAAUGUAUGUCCUCGAUGUAUGUUAUUCUCUUCACUGCUUAUGCAGGGUGUCUUGUGCUUUGAGAUGUAUUAUAGCAUAUCAAGAAUCAUCAUUCUAAUGACUUUGAAAACGCUUUGCAUCACUAUAUCUGUGGAAGAGGCUUGGACGCAGUGAAGUAAUAAUAAAUAAAUAAAAUAUAAAAAAGACCCACAAAGUGUGAAUCAAAUUCCAGACAAUCUGAUCAACUGUCUCCUUUGUUGAGGACCAUGGAAUGAUCACUACACAAAUAAUUAAUUUCAGCUUUGAUGCUGUCAUAGCACGGAACAAUCCCAAACAAGAAACUUAUUGAUGUCAUGUUUAUAAGCAUUAACUGGGAAAACAGUCAUUAGAUUCAGCAAUAUUUUUGUACUGAACCAUAAGAAAGUUACACUAGAUCUAUUUGAAAAGUGAAGAACCUUUCGAAAGCAAGGAGAUUGAACCAGUCUCAUUUAAGGGGAAAUAUUUUUGCGAGUGCCACUGCUGAUUUAGUGUUAAGCACAAAAUGGGAGUAAUGGUGUCAGCACUGCCGCAAGCAGUCGACGCUGCCUUCCCCUCACCACUCCUCUAUCCUCGGCAGUCCUAAUGCGGGGACAAGGCCAUUCCCAACAGCCACCACGCCAAUCGUCAACUUGAAGUGGCCAAACAGUCUAAACCGUUCGUGCUGGUCUAAUGCUGUGAAGUAUGUUGCCGCACCAAGAUGAACAAAUAGAUAAUACAUUUUAAAGAAGAAGGUGGGCAGAAGCUACAGUUGCUUCAGAUGGACACAUACAGUUUGAAGUUGAUCUAAAAGACACUUAGCCGCAAUCAACUGUGUUAUUGAAUGUCAAAUCAAGUUUGUGUACUAAACCAUUCUUGUACAAUCUGUAAAUAUCAUUUCUAUUCUAUGCCAGAGCAAAUGUAACUGUUUGCUUACUGUGUAGUUGCAAAGUUCUCAACAUUUGUGUUUUAUUCAGCUGUAACCUAAGUGACCUUUUAUUCAUUUUUGUUUAUUACAUUCAAAGCUGCAUUGUUACUAAUAAAGCAUCUUUUACACAAGCCUUA